AUGCCUAUUGCAAUUAUCGGGAUGAGUUGCAGACUACCAGGUGGUGCCACAGAUCCUGACAAGCUGUGGGACUUGUGCGUAGCUGGAAAGAGUGCCUGGUCCGAGAUACCUGAGAGCCGAUUCAAUCGCGACGCCUGGUAUCAUCCAGACAAAGAGCACAUCGGGACGUCUUAUGUGAAAGGCGGAUAUUUUCUGUCGCAAGAUUUGAGCACGUUCGACGCUGCAUUUUUCAACUUCACAUCGGAAACUGCAACUACAAUGGAUCCCGAAGUCCGUAUGCAAUUGGAAUGUACAUAUGAGGCGCUCGAGAGCGCUGGUCUGACCAUGGAAGACGUAGCAGGAUCCAAGACCGCCGUGUGUGCAGGAACCUGCUUCCGUGACUUUCACGACAACCAUAUGCGCGAUCCCUCGACUCUUGCUAGAUCCUUCCUGACGGGUAAUGGAAUGGCGAUGAUAUCCAAUCGGGUGUCUCACUUCUUCGAUCUGCGGGGCCCAAGUAUUGCAGUCGACACAGGUUGCUCGACAACGCUGACUCUCUUACAUCUCGCUUGCCAGAGUCUCAGAUCCGGAGAGGCUGAUAUGGCCAUUGUUGGUGGAUCUAAUCUGCUUGUCAAUCCAGACAUGUUUAUCUCUGGCACUAUACUAGGACUUCUAUCAGCCGAAGGCAAAUGCUUCGCGUUUGACUCCAGAGCGUCCGGAUAUGGUCGUGGUGAAGGAAUAGCAACACUGGUCCUCAAACCUCUAGAUCUCGCAGUGAGAGAUGGUGACCCUAUCAGAGCCGUGAUCCGUGAGACUGGUGCAAAUCAGGAUGGUAAGACGCCCACUCUGACCUCACCCAAUCGUGAAGCCCAGGAACAACUCAUGCGCGAAUGUUACGCACGCGCCGGUCUGGAUCCUCGCGACACGGGUUACGUAGAGGCUCAUGGUACCGGCACACAAGCAGGCGACACCAACGAGGCGAAUGCUAUCGGCCAUGUAUUGGGAGCGGGCAGGCACCACGAUGAUCCUCUGCUCGUAGGAUCCGUCAAGACAAAUAUCGGACACACUGAAGCAACCAGUGGCCUAGCCGGCAUAAUCAAAGCCGUGAUGGCUAUUGAGAAGGGCUCUAUCCCUCCAAAUCUGAACUUUGAUCAGCCUAACUCCAAAAUCCCUUUCCAGGAACUUGGCAUCAAAAUCCCAACAUCUGUAGAAAACUGGCCCAAGUCGGCCAAACUACGGGCAUCGGUGAACAACUUCGGAUAUGGAGGCUCUAAUGCCCACGUCAUCCUGGAGCAUCCUGAAUACUUAUUAUCCCACUUCAAAGCCCAGGCUCUCAAUCCCAGAUCUCGAAGCUCUGGAGCGAGCAAAUCCCUCCGUAAGGCUACUCGUAUUUUGCGGAUCAGUUCUAAAGAUGAAGGAAGUACGAAAGCACAGUUUGAAAACAUCCAACGCUACGCAAGUGAGCAUCUCAAAUCUUCUGUUAACAAAAUCAGUCUGCUCGACCGAUUGCUAUACACUUAUGGCCAAAAGAGAUCGCAUUUUCCAUGGACAUACGCACUAACUGUUUCUGCUCUCGAGGACAUCAUCGAAGCGCAGGGCUGUAAGGCUCAACGCGCCUCUCGAGCUCCUCGGAUUGGAUUCGUGUUCUCAGGACAGGGCGCACAGUGGUUUGCCAUGGGCCGGGAACUAAUCCAGACGUAUCCAGUCUUCCGAGAUGCUCUGCAAGAGGCUGACAAUAUUCUCUGCCAGCUUGGGGCUUCUUGGUCUCUGAUAGGCGAACUUCUCCAAGACGAGCAUAAGACUCGAAUCAACGAAGUCAUCAUCAGUCUUCCCGCAAGUGUAGCACUCCAGCUCGCUCUUGUUUGUCUGCUGCGCUCUUGGGGUAUCAAGCCCAGCGGAGUCACAGGUCACUCCAGUGGUGAAGUUGCGGCUGCUUUUGCCGUUGGCGCAAUAGACAUGAGAUCGGCGCUUGCCAUCGUCUAUACUCGCGGUUCUCUCACCACUGACUUCCAAAGAAUUGUCGACCGUAAGGGCGGCAUGCUUGCCGUAGGUCUCUCUCGGGAUGAAUGUAUCCCAUACAUCGGAACACUUAAAACAGGUGAAGUAGUCGUUGCGUGUGUCAACAGUCCCUCAAGUGUGACUAUAUCUGGCGACUUGGCAGCCAUUGAAGAACUCGAACAAGCACUGAUCCGGGACAAAGUCUUUUGCCGACGUCUCCGCGUAGAUGCCGCAUAUCACUCGCACCACAUGUUCGGUAUCGCCGAUGCGUAUCGUGUCGCUUUGAGUCAGGAGCUUCGCACAGGCCGCGAAUUCGAUUCCUCUAUCAUCUACUCGUCUCCCGUUACGGGCGAUCGUAUUGAAUCAAAAGACACCAUCAGUAGCCCUGAACACUGGGUUAGAAAUAUGGUGCAGCCCGUCGAGUUCUUGGACUGCCUGAGCAAUAUGUGUCAGGACGCCUCUGGUGCGCCGACGAUCGACAUCUUGCUGGAGAUUGGCCCAGCCGCUGCUCUCCAAGGACCUAUCAGGCAAAUCUUGAGUAUGGAAAAGCUCCAGAAGGCAUCCAUAACGUAUCUCCCUUGCCUGCGACGAGGUCAAGAUGCUGUUUCAACGAUGCAGGAGAUGGCCUGCACCUUGAUCGGAAGCGGCGCACCUGUGCGUCUCGGAAGUAUCAAUUUCCCUCACGGCUCAAAUGGGUUGCAAGUCUUGACCGAUCUCGACACAUAUCCUUGGAACCAUCAUAUCUCGCACUGGGCCGAAUCGCGUAUGAGUAAAACACUCCGAGGUAGAGAGCUACCAGUCCACGAUCUACUUGGCACUCCAACUCUCGACUCAAACCCUUUCUCAAAACACUGGAGACAUAUCAUCCGGCCAUCUGAGAUUCCUUGGGUUCGUGAGCAUAAGUUUCAGUCCAAUAUCAUCUAUCCUGGUGCCGGCUAUGUGAGCAUGGCUAUCGAGGCCUGCCGUCAGUCCCACGGGUUUACGGCGGUCAGCAGCUAUGAGCUACAUCGCAUCGAGUUCAAAAGCGCUCUUGUGGUACCCGAUAGCAGUACUGGAGUCGAGGUUCAGCUAUGUCUCAAUCCAUGUACCGAAGAUUCUCUCGAACCCGGCUGGGAACACUUCCGGAUCAUGUCUAUCGAUGACAGCAGCACCUGGACACUUCAUUGCGAGGGUGACAUCAUUGUCAAUCCUACUGGUCCAUCAACAAAUACCGCCGCUGCACGUCCGGAUAACCCGACAAUCCGGACUGUGGAACCUAAGGAGUUAUACGCUUCACUGCAGCGGACUGGGCUCGAUCACGGUCCGAUUUUCCAGAAUAUCUCCGCAAUUCGCGUCGGGGACGGUGUUUCGAUAUGCGACUUUGACAUUGCAAAGACUUCGGAAACAAUGCCUCUAAGGUUCCAACAAAAACAUGUCCUUCACCCAACCACUCUAGAUUCGGUCUUCCAAGCUGUAUUCACCGCCUUACUUGGGGAUUGGAAAGACUCCAUGCUUCCUAGAUCCAUCAAAUCCUUGAGAAUCACUAGUGGUAUGAGCGCAGUCCCAGAAACGAGACUCUCCGUCAGCUCUGUGGUCAUCAAGUCCUCAGCACAAGGUUUUGAGUCAGAUGCUACAGUUGUCCCCCAAGGAACCAGUCCGCCAUACCCAUGCCUACUCGAAGUCAAAGGCUUGUAUUGUCAGGCGCUUGGGUCCAUCUCCAGAGCGAUCACACAGGCAGAUGAGACGAAACUCUGUUUCAAAGGCACUUGGAAGCCUGAUGUGAGGCUUUUGGAUGCAGAGCAGUUCGUCUAUCUAGUAUACCUCAUGCGAGGGGGGCUUGAGACAUCAAAGUCGUUGAGAACAUUGGCUUCUCUUUUACUCCACAAGACACCGCGUCUACGAGUUCUCAGCAUUGAUGCCGGCAAUCAUCUGCUUGGGAACGACCUCUUGAAUAUGUUCGCAUCAAGCGAUCUCGACCAAAACCAAAUCACGUGGCAGCUCACUUACACGGAAUCCUCCUUAGUCGAGCCAGAAGCUGGGGAGAUAUUCGCAGCAUCUGGAGUCAGGGAAUUCGAGACUAUUACCUGGGACACUUGCCUGCAGACGCGUGCAGCUUAUGAUCUGAUUAUGAUACCGAAUGGGCUGUCCAAUGCCGAUUUAGCCUGUGCGAAAGCCAUGCUCAAGCCUGGUGGAGGAAUCUUGAUGACUAGAGAUAACAUGUUAGCAGAUCUGGAGGCCAGCUGUCAGAUCUUAGAUCUGGGACGCGCUGAUGGCCAUACUAUUGUCUUUGCAUCUCCGGACAAUCCACUGAUGAUCUCGAAGCCUAUCGAGAUUUUUCUGGUCUACACGGAUGUGGCACCUUCGUUACACUGGCUUGACACGCUCCAAAAAGAGCUAUCCAGCCGUCAAAGGGUGGAGGUGUCUGUGAUCUGUCAGAAGAUGGACGAGAUCAGUGGAUUGCUGGGCAAGGAUGUUAUCCUCCUUGAAAAUCUGGACCGUCCACUACUGAUGAACCCUACGAGUGACCAGUUUGAAUCCAUCAAGACUCUGCUCAUCGGUGCGAGCAGCUUGUUCUGGAUCUCGCAGGGUGCAACGGUAGGCUGCACUAACCCAUUCGCUGCGAUGCACCUUGGACUACUGCGCACGCUACGCUGUGAGCAACCUUUCAACCGCUACAUCUCGCUGGAUCUGGACAGUGAGACGACUACAUACUCACUAUCCGAUGCACUCUGUGUAGCAAAGGUUCUCCAAACUACUCUCACACGAGAUUCUUCUGACGAAACACCCAUGGAUGUUGAGUAUGCGGUACGAGAGGGCCUUGUGUGUGUACAAAGAGUCGAAGUGGACACAGUCAUGAAUCAAAGCAUGCUGGAGGGCCUUCCGAAGAGCGUGCCAUUCUUGGAAACAAAGAAUCCCAUACGUCUAGGCGUGGAGAGACCUGGUUUACUGGACAGUCUGGUCUUCAUCGACGACGAUUCGAUCUCAGGCUCCUUCCCUCCGGACGCCGUUCAAAUCAGACCUGCCGCAUUUGGCCUUAACUUCCGUGAUGUCAUGGUUGCUAUGGGUCAACUUGACGAGACACGCAUGGGCUUUGAAUGCAGUGGCUAUAUCACUGCCGUUGGGUCAGAAGCAGCUUCACGAGGCUUCCAGAUCGGUGAUAAGGUGUAUGCGUUCCUGCGUGGCUACUUCGGAAACACGAUCCGCGUUCAUCACACAAGCGUGGCCAAGAUUCCUCCAGGUGUGGAUCUAGAGACUGCUGCGUCCAUUCCGCUUGUGUUCAUCACAGCCUAUCACGCAUUGCACAAUAUGGCCCGUCUUUGCCGUGGGGAGACCGUACUCAUCCAUUCUGGCAUGGGUGGCGUCGGACAGGCUGCCAUCAUGCUGGCGCAGAAUGUAGGUGCCGAAAUUUUCGUCACCGUGGGCUCUGAAGAGAAACGCGCACGUCUCAUGGCUACGUACUCGAUCCCAGAGGACCACAUUCUAAACAGUCGCAACGCUAGCUUUGCUAAGGAUGUUAUGGAUGCUACCGGAGGCAAGGGUAUUGAUGUAAUCCUCAACUCUUUGGCAGGGCCCCUCCUUGCCGCAUCCUGGGAUUGUAUCGCUGCCUUUGGACGUUUCAUCGAGAUUGGCAAGCGCGAUUUAGAGCUAAACAAGAGUCUUCGCAUGGCUCCCUUUGUCCGCUCCGCAUCCUUCGCGGCACUCGAUCUAAUCACGCUUGGUGAGCUACGUGGUGAUGUUGUCGCGGACAUAUUCACACACAUAAACAUUUUGUUACAAACACACGCUAUCAGACCGGUGUCGCCUAUUAGCAAGUUCGCAAUCUCUGACGCUGAGAGUGCGUAUCGUAUGAUGCAAGCUGGCAGACACAUGGGUAAAAUUUUGCUUGUUCCUUCUGAAAAUGAACAUGUCCAGCUCAUGUCCCAACCUGCAGUAGCAACAUUGUCAGCGGAGCACAGCUAUCUCCUUAUUGGCGGACUUGGUGGUAUAGGGCGCUCGAUCACCGACUGGAUGGUCAGCAGAGGAGCAAAGCAUCUCAUCUUGCUGUCGAGAAGUGCAGACAGCCUCGACCAAACAACUUGCGAUUGGCUGGCAGCUCUACACGAUCGUCAGGUGGAAGUCCACACGUUGGCAUGUGACGUCUCCGAUGAGAAUCAAUUGUCAGCCGUGCUUGGUCAAGUCAAAGAUGACUAUCCACCAAUCAGAGGUAUUGUACAAGCAGCAAUGGUACUCAGAGAUGUCUUGUUCGAGAACAUGACCCUCGUCGAAUACGAAGCAGCAGUACGACCCAAAGUUCAGGGUACCUGGAACUUGCAUCGAUGUGUACCAGACGAUUUGGACUUCUUCAUAAUCCUAUCUUCGAUCAGUGCAUUCGGAGGCAAUGCUACACAGGCCAACUAUGCCGCCGCUGGAACAUUCCAAGACGCGUUGGCCCAUCAUCGAACCGCUACCGGCCAACCUACUGUCUCAAUCAAUCUGGGUAUGGUCAAGGACGUCGGGGUUCUUGCUGGCGAGGAAGGUAGAAGAACUGCUGACCGCUUGCAAAGAAUUGGUCUGCGAGCCCUCGACCAAACAGAAGUCUUGAGAUUGAUCGAAGCAUCGAUAUGCCAAGGCAAGCACGGCACAGAUGACACGCAGAUCGUGACUGGUAUUCCACAUACCUGGACGCGACAGCAAGGUGUACAGACCCGAGAGAUGCAGGCCACCGCACAGUUCUGGACCCGGGAUCCACGUUUUGCUUCGUUGGAGGCGUCUCCUUCCGAAGCAGGCAUACAAGAUUCUAACGGGAAAAUGACGCUGACAGAUAUACUGGGCGAUGUCAGUCUCAAUGAGAAAGACGCCGCUGUUGCGUUGACAGAGUCGCUGGUUUCGAAACUAGCUGCCAUGUUCGCAGUACCAGAAUCGGACAUUGACACUUCAGUGCCACUGUCGCGGUUGGGAAUUGACUCCCUACUGGCUGUUGAACUACGCAACUGGAUUUCGGCGGUGGUUCGGGCAGAUUGUUCUGUGUUCGAUAUUCUUCAGGCUCCCUCCAUCGUCGUCUUCUCCGAGCAGGCUGUUGCGAAGAGCACUCUGAGGUCCACUCAAGCCAAUGGGAGUUAG